GGACAUGUUUUUUCCGUUCACAAAAUGAGGACAGUAAAAAUUCCUAUCUCAGGAUGGUUAUGAGACUCAGUUGUGUGAUGUGUGGAAAAUGCUCUAUAAAAUGUCAAGCACGAUAUAAAUAAGUUGCUGACUGAAAUAAGCAAAAACUGAAAAGCAAAACAAAACUUACCUACUUCGACAUUUAUUCAUUCCAAAACAUCAGAUGUCAACUAAAUGUUAGGCAGCAUGUCAGAAGCUCAGAGGUUGCAUUGCUGACUAAGAUAAGGCUUCAGUGUCAAGGACUUAGAGCAGCAGGGUGCGGUAAUGACAGCAGCAACCUUAAAUGUGGAGAGAGAGAGAUACAGCAUCCCACUUUGGAUGCUGCAUUAUCUGUCACCCUACAAUGACAUGUGUGAGGUGGGCAGCACAUAAGCACGGUACCUGCCUUCCCCUCCAAUCAGAACUCUUCGAAAGAAACGAGAUAAACAUGGAGAAGUAAGCAAGGGAAAUUAGCAGUGUGGAAGGAAGGCUUUUGUUGUGUUUGUUGCGUUACAGUGAGAGAAAUCAUGAUUUUUUUUUAUGAUACUCUGUUGGCUUCAUUUCCUUGAAUUAUAACUAGAUGAGGAUGUUGAAUUUUCAGGAUUUUGGUUAGAAUUUUUAAAAAUACUAGAACCAUAGAAUUGGAAACAAUAUAGUGUUUUUUAAUUUUUUUAAUACAGUAUUCUUUUAAUUUGUUAAGAUCUGCUGAAAGAAGGAAACUGGGAGAUUCCUCUCAUUACGAUAGAAUAAGCUAAAAUCUUGGCCUUCAAGCUGCUUACAAGGUAGUGAGAGGGACCAGCACACAGAUGAAUUGUAGCCAGUUGCUAUUCAUGUGAUGCUGCCUCACAAUAAUAACUAAGAAAGUUACUGCCUCUUGUUAGGUGAGAAUAUUUGAGGCAUAAGUGGAUUAAGCAACCCAGGAAGGGCACUCUCUAGGUGGCAGAGCUCAGGCAGUUUGGUUAGUAUGUUCUAGUGCCUACUCAGUAUUCCUGUUCUGAUUAUUAAAAUAGAGUAUAAUACAGUACAUGCAAAGUAAGGACAAUACACAGAAAUAUGAAAUAGAAGAAGAGGAAGUUGUUAGAGUGUUUUUAGGAGGAGGUAAUAAGGGUGUUCUUAAGUGAUGUGUGGGAGGUUCAGACAAAACCAAUCAACAUGAGUAAAACCUACGAAUAAGCACAGCUCCUGCCUGGCAUGAAUCCAAUCCCCAGUUCCAAAGGAAAAAAAAAUGUUUGGAGAAAUACAUGAAGCAAUGUAGAGUGAGGGAAGACAGGGUUGGUUAGCAGGUAGUCCUGUGUGGCUUGAACACGAAGCUGGAAGUAGGGCGUUAGCCAAAUAGAAGAGUGGGUGGACAGAGAGGUUCUUUGGAUGUUUACUAAUGAGAUAUACCUUAGCUUGAGGAUAUAUGAAGGGGAACUAUGGCAAGAGAAUGACAUGAUCUUAAUUUUUGUUUUUGUGCAUCCUCUAAGUGAAGGGAAGAUUCAAGGGAGGAGGUCAGAAGCUUGUUUUAAUAACUUGGAGUUAAUAAUAGAGGCUUCAUAAGGGCAAAGAAGGUAGGGAUGAAAUGAGGGGCAGAUUUGAGAAAUACAAGUAGGGAAAUUGGUAAAGCAGUAGUUUGUAAGUUCCAGGUGACACCCAAGUAGCCUGAAUGAUUGAUUUGUAGUGGUGGAAGCUGAGACAGAAGAUAGAGGAGCAGUUUUACUUGGACCCCACUCAGGCUGAAGACACAGAGUGAAUAUUUUGGUAUAGACAGAAGUCCUACAAAAUGAAUCCUGAGACCACAAAUACCAUGUGCAGAAAGGGACUUCCUGGUGAAGUCACUUUUAGCUGAGAAGAGCCAGCUGUUUACACAGUGCCCUCUGGUGGUCAUAGUGCCUGAGGCCUCCUUAGGUUGAACAGAUGAGAAUGUAGUCAGCCUGGAUUAAAUACCCUUUACUCCUGGAAGGAAAGAAAAUAUUACAAAAACCAUUAAGUUUGCUCUGCCUUAUGUGUGGAUGAAUUCACUAAUUCAGUUCAUAAGCCAUAAUGCAGUUGAGUUGUCUCACUUACCAAGUUACUUAGUUAACCUUAGCUAGACUGUGCCUUGGAAAAAAGCAGAACAGGAAUUUGAUUGCCUAUGAACAAAAUUCAAGAAUUGAAGCCUUACAGCAUACUUAAGAGCACUUGCCUAGGUCCUUACAAAAAAUUAAAGUAUUAGACAUUGAUUUUCAAUGAGUAUCUAGUUUCUUGGGCCAUAAGAUACUGAAAUGGUGGGCAUCAGAGAUUGGCACACCUUUUAGAAGUGCAAACUGUUGUCUUGGUAAGGAGACCAAAAUAUCAACCUGCCAGAAGUCUCUAAAAGCAUUAUAGUCUGAGGACAUUUAGUGUAGGCAAAAGGAAAAAAAAUUUCCCAUUACUGCAGAGUGAACCCAGGGCCUUCACGAGGAGAUAUACCCUCAACCCUUUCUGAGCAAGGUCUCACUAAGUUGCCCAGGCUCUGCUCACAUUGGCAGUCCUGCCUCAGCCUGCUAAUGCUGGCAUUUCACAGGCAUGUUCCUCCAUGCCCGACCAACUGCAAACAACCUUUGCCAAUUUGACCAGCACUGGUAUUUCAGCAAAACAAUCGAUGUAGAGGACAAAACAGACAGGUGAUACCACACCUGAGACCAGUAAACAUAUAUGAAGAGCCCUAUACCAGGGUGAAGGAAACCAAGGUUUUAUCAUGGGAGCCAUUAAAACAGUGUGACUUUGAGUACAUCACUAACAUCUGAGGGUUUCAGUUUACUUUCUGGUCUAUAAAACCAUGGGUUGAACUUGAUCAUUUCAUAUAACUCUAUAAAUAUGUUUACAAUGAUGCCAUUAAGAUUCUUUAAAGAUUGGAUUACGCUUUGUGUGUGGGGGGGGGGGUGCUGGGGAUUAAACCCAGGGCCUUGUGCGUGCAAUGCAAGAACUCUACCACUGACCCACAUCCCUAGCCGGAUUGUGCUUAAUUUAAAAGGGAAAAAAAAAAAAAAAAAAAACAUAUACAAAAGUCCUUUGAAGAGUAUGAUUAUUCCUAUUUUAGAGCUGGGAAAAGUAGGAUUAGAGAGGUAAAAUAAGUUUCCUCAUGCCUGCAUAAGUAAUAGAAGUGGCGUUCAAAUCUAGCAGUCCUGCCUUUCUGGACUCUUUUUUUAAUUCUUUCAUUUGACAAGCAUGUAUUUAAAUGCCAAGUAUGUGGGAAGAGUAUGCUAAACAUAAGGACCAUUGAGCCGCAUGUGUGUCCUCGAGGGGUCAGUAUAGUAGGCAGUACUGUACCAUACUGCUCCUUAGAUCUCAGUGCUAGUGAAGCACGUGAUACUGCAGCAUUGUUGGGAUUCACACACAGUUUGGUUUUAAAAGACUUAGGGUAUGAGCAUGAAACUGAGCCUCCAUUUACAACAUUGUUUUUUGGGGAAUAUAUAUUUCAGGUUCCAAAUAAUUUAAAAAUAAGUUUUGGAAUAUAGCUAAUUAAGUUUCAGAACUUCCUAUACUAAGUACUGAAUUUAUAGUUUAAUAACAAGCCAGCAUCCUUAGCCUAAAUGGUGAAUGAAAUUUCUAAACUUCAUCAUGUCUGACAUUUAAAUGGCUUAAAGUAAAACCUUUUUUCUUUUAGAGCAUCUUCUGGUUAUUCCAGAAAGUUUCAAGGAGGGAAGCUAAGGGAUUUAAUCACUUUAAUGUUUGGACUGUAUGUCUUGGAAAGAAAUGCUGCUGAUCUGCAUUUGUUUUUGAGUCACCAGGGAGUAAAUAAUCUAGGGUCUUCUGCAAGCUAAGCAAGUGCUCUAUCACUGACUUACAUCCCCAGGUCCUGCUGUGAUACUUUUAUAGGUGGUAAAGUCUUCAAGACCAUGAUCAUAGAUUGGAGAGGCAUACUGCUGUGCUCUGAUCCCAGAAAAAAAAAUUUUCUUGUACUAGGAAUCGAAAUAAAGACCUUCUGCUUGUCAAUCAGGCACUCGUGCCCCUUGAGCUGUAUCCCCAGCUCCAGAAAGUCUUCUCUUUAUGGCAUGUGUGUAACAUUGUAUGCCUCUGCCUUUGUCAGCUUUUCAUCACUACAAUAAAAUACCUAAGGCUGAAUAACUUAUACAUCUGCCUAAAUAAAGCCCAAUACUAUAGUGAGGCUUAACAAAUGUUAGCUGUUCACAUUAAUAUUGUGUAUGGUAUACCCUACCUUCAUAAUCUUCAUCCUCAAUUUAAUAAAGCAAAUCUGCAUUCCCUUUCAUUACAUUUCUAGCUAAACUGUUGUAUAAUUCUUUAUUGUGAUCCCAAAUAUUAAGUACAGUUAUAUAAGUAUCAUAACCCCUUUUCUAAUUUUCUUCACAAUCCAACAAGUUAUACUUGUAAUCCCAUUGAGACAUUGGAAUCCCAGCAGAGUUAAUUCCAAUCUACCCCACCACCAAUGCAACCCACAGUGAGAGUAAAGACAUCAAGACAUAUUCCAAGGGAAGGGCAGCCAAGGGGUCCUUAGUCCAAUCACUGUGAGGACACAUGGACAAAGGCCAUGAUCCUAGGCCUCUCCCAGAAUUUAUCCUGUGAAGAAGGGGGGUGGUUCAGGGAUGAGUGACACAAGAUGGCGGGAAUUACAUGAAUAAUUUGAGCUAGCUAUCCAGGUUGGGAGAAAAGCAUCUCUGCAAAAUGCAGAGAUAUGCAGAAGGUUGAUUUGCAUAAUUCUAUUAAGGUAGCAACUGAAUUGUAGGAAGCUGAUGCUUUGGUUUCUGAUAUGUAAACUUUUGUGCUCUGGGGAGUCAUAGCCUCUUUACCUUGAGACUCAUGCCAUUCCUGGAGCUAAUGGCUCUAACAUCGAAGGGCCUCAUAUCUUUUACAGUGAGCACUAUUCAGGAAAUAGGAGACUGAUGGCUCUAGAGAUUACAUAUCAAUGCCUCCGCAAGCCUUAUUUGUGAUGUUAGAGCCAAUUAAAAAGAAAAUACCAUAGCUAGCUCUCUACUUACCAGUACAAGGAAAUAAGUCUCCAUAUAAUCAAAGUUGCAGCAAUUGUUUUGCCUUCAAGGAGAGUCACUGGAGUUGUCUCCCACAGUUCUUCACAGUUGUUUACAUACAUAUCUGUACAAAUACCUGAAAUACCUUUUCCUUUGCCUUCUUUUUUUCCCUAUCCUAUUCAUUCAAGGCUCCACUUAACUCCUACAUGCUUUCUAAAGCUUACAGUUCUGGUAUAAUUCCUGCUUUUCUUGUAACUUCUUGGUGUACUUUAUUCAGUGUAAUUUAGCACCUAAUUGUUCUUUGGUUUCAAAUUUAACCCCUCAUAUAUAAUUAGCUCUCCUCUAUACAUCUUUCUGCGCCUCAGUGCUUUACCUCACCAUAGUAACAUGGUGGGUGUGAGGAACAUUCUGAUACUCCCAUUUCGAAACUAUGAGAAUCCUUUCAUUACAUUUCUAGCUUUUAAAAAAGAUAAUCCUCCAGUUAAAUAGUCCUCCAGUUAAAAUCCAUAUAUUUAGUCACAUAAGACAAAUAAAAAAAAAUAAAUAUAUUUACAAGUAUCCUUUAUCCAAAAUACUUAGGACUUGAAGUGUUUCAGAUUUUUGGACAGAGUUUUCCUGGAUUUUGGAAUGUUUUUAUGGUUUUUAAUGACAUGUUGGCACUCAAAAAAGUGUAGGAGUUUGGAUUUUGUAUUUUCAGAUUAGAGAUGCUCAACCCCUACUUGAAUACUUCUUGAGUUUUAGAGGUAAUGUAGACCUUUAAAUUAUCACUUGACCAAGGCUGGAGCAAAAAGAACUUCCAGCAAUGCUGUUAUUUCCAAUAUAAGAGAUAUGCCAUAGAGGAAAAUUACUUCUGAAGUUUUACUGUGCGUGAGAAAUGGGCAAAACCGUUUACACAGAAUAACUUAGGGAACAUGUCUGUUGAGUAAGACUAAAAGGACAUGUAGAGAUAAAACCAUAUUGCACAUAGUAUUCAGAUAGGAGCAGUGACUUGAGCAGCAGCAGUGCCUGGUCAGUGAGCUGCAUCCAUACUAAGGACCGUGUGCAGUCCUGGUGGGCGUGGUGUGCUGCAGGCCACAUGCACAGCACUGAGGAGGGCGUAUUUGCUGUCUGGGUAGAUAGGAGGCCUUGCUCUGUAGCCCUAGUCCCUACUUUAACAUAGCUAUAUUCUGAUACAUAGUUUAGGGCUCUAGAUGGUUGCCUUCUUCCAUAAAAUACUCUAAGCAAUACAGAUAUCUAAAUUAGUAUGUUUAUUGUGUGUAGUGGCUGUUUUUGAAUUUGAGAUGAAGUCAUUUAAACUUAAAUUUUUAAAAUUCAGUAUGAAACUUUUGGAUUAUCUAACUCCUUUUUCUUGCUGUAGUGCCGCACCCUGGCUGUCAUCGUAGCUUAUAGAAACAAUCUCCUCCAUGUAAAGGGUGUGUUCUUUUUGAGUCACACUUGAAGGCUCUGCCCUUAGCUCCAUCCCAUGUCUUUCAGCUGUAAUAAACUUGUUCUUCCAGUGAUGCAGCCAGUAACAGACAAAAAUGAUUACAGGCCUGGAAAUCUCACUCUACUAAAAAUGGAUUCGAGGCUACAUUUUUGUGAAAUAUUUUACCUUUUGAAUAAGGUCUCUACUAGAAGAUGGCAAAGCCCAGCCAUAGCAGCUACGUCCUUCAGCAGCUAAACAACCAAAGAGAAUGGGGUUUUCUCUGUGACUGUUGUAUUGCAAUUGAUGACAUUUACUUUCAAGCACACAAAGCAGUUUUAGCUGCCUGUAGCUCCUACUUUAGAAUGUUUUUCAUGAACCAUCAGCACAGUACUGCACAAUUGAAUCUCAGCAACAUGAAAAUCAGUGCUGAGUGUUUUGAUCUCAUUUUGCAAUUUAUGUAUUUAGGAAAAAUUAUGACAGCUCCUUCCAGUUUUGAACAGUUUAAAGUGGCAAUGAACUACCUACAACUGUACAAUGUUCCUGACUGCUUAGAAGACAUACAAGAUGCAGAUUGUUCUAGUUCAAAAUGUUCAUCUUCUGCUUCCAGCAAACAGAAUACCAAAAUGAUAUUUGGGGUAAGAAUGUAUGAAGACACUGUGGCUAGAAAUGGCAGUGAAGCCAACAGGUGGUGUGCAGAGCCAAGUUCAACAGUAAAUACACCUCAUAAUAGAGAACCAGAUGAAGAACCUUUGCAAUUAGGUAAUUUUCCUGAGCCACUGUUUGAUGUAUGUAAGAAAAGUUCUGUGUCCAAACUAUCUGCUCCAAAAGAAAGGGUGUCACGACGCUUUGGACGGAGUUUUACUUGUGACAGCUGUGGAUUCGGCUUUAGCUGUGAAAAAUUACUAGAUGAACAUGUGCUUACUUGUACUAAUAGACAUUCAUACCAAAACACAAGAUCUUACCACCGAAUAGUAGAUAUUAGAGAUGCAAAAGACAGUAACAUCAAAGCUGAGUUUGGCGAAAAGGAUUCAUCUAAAACAUUUUCUGCACAGGGAGACAAAUACAGAGGAGACACAAGCCAGGCUCCUGAUGAUUCCACUUCAACCACUGGAAGCAGAAAAAGCACAGUGGAGUCUGAACUCGCCAGCGAAGAAAAAAGCAGGGCUGCUGAGAGGAAAAGAAUCAUCAUUAAGGUGGAGCCUGAAGAUAUUCCUACAGAUGAGCUGAAAGACUUUAACAUUAUUAAAGUCACUGAUAAAGACUGUAAUGAAUCCACUGACAAUGAUGAAUUAGAAGAUGAACCUGAAGAACCAUUUUAUAGAUACUAUGUCGAAGAAAAUGUUGGCAUUAAAAAAACUGGCAGGAAAACUCUGAAACCUCGGAUGUCAAUAAAUUCUGAAGAGAGAGGUGCUUUAGAAAAUCUGAGGCCCCCUAACAACAGCAGUCCAGUACAAGAGGAUAGCGAAAAUGCCUCUUGUGAGCUGUGUGGACUCACCAUAACAGAAGAGGACCUGUCAUCUCAUUACCUAGCCAAACACAUCGAGAACAUCUGUGCGUGUGGCAAAUGCGGACAGAUCCUCGUCAAGGGUCGACAGCUUCAGGAACACGCUCAGAGAUGUGGAGAACCCCAAGACCUGACCAUGAAUGGGCUAGGAAAUACUGAGGAGAAGAUGGACAUGGAAGAAAACCCUGAUGAACAGUCUGAAAUAAGAGAUAUGUUUGUUGAAAUGCUGGAUGAUUUUAGGGACAGUCAUUACCAGAUAAACAGUAUCCAAAAAAAGCAGUUAUUUAAACAUUCUGCCUGUCCUUUUCGAUGUCCUAAUUGUGGCCAGCGUUUUGAAACUGAAAAUCUAGUGGUUGAACAUAUGUCUAGCUGCUUAGAUCAAGAUGUGUUUAAGAGUGCCAUUAUGGAAGAAAAUGAAAGAGAUCAUAGGCGAAAGCAUUUUUGUAAUCUUUGUGGGAAAGGAUUUUAUCAGCGGUGUCAUUUAAGAGAACAUUAUACUGUUCAUACUAAGGAAAAACAGUUUGUCUGUCAGACAUGUGGGAAGCAGUUUUUAAGAGAACGUCAGUUGCGUCUGCACAAUGAUAUGCACAAAGGUAUGGCCAGGUAUGUCUGUUCCAUUUGUGAUCAAGGAAACUUCAGAAAACAUGACCAUGUACGGCAUAUGAUUUCUCAUUUAUCUGCUGGUGAGACUAUAUGCCAGGUCUGCUUUCAGAUAUUCCCCAAUAAUGAACAGUUGGAGCAGCACAUGGAUGUUCAUCUGUAUACAUGUGGAAUAUGUGGAGCAAAAUUUAAUUUGAGGAAAGAUAUGAGAUCACACUAUAAUGCCAAGCAUUUGAAAAGAACCUAAGUGAUUUUCUACUGUAUUAAUGUCUAGUCAAUAGCAAAUAAAACACCAAAGCAAAAAAGAAUAUGAGCUAUUUAGAAAUCGAUUUUAUAAGAUGAAUUGUUGAGAAAAAUUUCAAGGCCCUUUUAUCAUUAAUAUUUUUAUUUAGAAUCUUAAGUAUCUACACUUUAGGUGUUAAAUGCUUAUUUUUGUUGUUAAUAGCAUUUUUUGUUUCUAGUUUUCUUUAAAAUUACUUUUAAAUGUAGACAAUAAGUUGUUGUUACCCCUUCAAUGAUAUUAAACUUUAGUUUUUUUAUAAAUAAGGUGAUGACUUCACUAUUUCUAUGUGCUUUUUUUUUUUUUCUUUUUCUUUUUUAAGGUUAUCCUGUGAAAUCUUAAGCCAGCAUCAUUGGCCAUUUCUGUUUAAAGUUUGAAAAAAUUUUUUAAAUUAUUAUUUGAAAUUAUUCCAUUCAGAUUUAGUGGGGUUUUUUUGUUUUGUUUUGUUUUGGUUUUGGUUUUUUUUGUCUUUUGUCAACUGAACAGCAGAUUAGCUACUGUUUAUUGUCCCGUCUUAUCAGUGAAACUCAUAUUCUUAAAUUGACAAGCUUCUUAGGCAAGUUAGGUGCACUGAAUGUAACCUUUAAGGUUGACAUGGGCUCAAACUUGGCCUAAAAAGAUUCAUUGACCUGAGGAAAUUACUAUAAAUGAUCAUUUCCUAUAAUUGAUAAAAUAUUAUCAUUUAAUCACAUUUAAAACUUAUAUUAAGUGUAAAUCCCAAUGACUUUCCCUCACUUGUGAAGUUGGUGGGGAUAAGCCAUUUUGUUUUGUGAUAUGAAAUUUAACUAUGAUAGUUAAUUAAAAGACAUAUUCAUUAAAAAUAUUUUAAUUUAAAUUCUGAUUUCUAAAGUGUGUUUAUCAAUUAUUUUUGUUUAUAAAUAGAUUUUAAUAGCUUUAUAGGAAUAUCUAAAGGAAAGUGAUUUUUCACCUUUAAAAUGACAUACUUUUGGUACUUUGAGAUUUGAGAAAGCUGCCAUGUAUAUUAAUAAAUCUAAUAAAGAAAUCAAUUAUAAAUCUGGUUGUUCUAUAAAAAUAGAAUGCACAAAAUUGUGUUGUGUCUUAUACUAAGAUUUGGAGAAACUGUUGUGGCAAAUUGCAAUUUAUGAUGCUUUAUUUCUGUAAAGGAUACAAAAUUUGAGGAGUAUCAAUCACAACAUAAAUGGAAACAGUUUAUCAUUUUUCAACUAAAGUAGUAUUGUUAGUUGUUAUUGACAUAGGGUCUAUAUCAAUUACAUGUGAACUAAAACACUGGCAAACCUGACCCAUCAAUAAAUAAAUAUACUGAAUAGAA